CGCAGGCGCGGUGCCGACAGUAGUGGCGGCGAUGGGCGGGCGGCUGGCCCGCGUGUUCCGGACUUUUAACGUGGAGAACCGGGCCCGCCGAGAGAUCAGCAAGGAAAAGCCCACGCCCGCACCGCGACACCCCUCCCCUCCCCUGGAAGAGCUGGCCGACCGCCCAGAGAUACAAGAAGAAAUUUCCAAAAAGGAUGACAGGCUCCUCACCUUGUUAAAAGAUGUUUAUGUGGAGUCCAGAGAUCCACCUGUGCGAGUAAAAGAUGGAGGUGGUGAACAUCUUCCACGUAAACAGGAAGAAAAGAGACUUACAAAACUAGGCCACUUGGGAGAACUAGAUGUUAAGAAAGUUCCCAAAGGCAAAAUUUCCCUUGUGGAGGCUCUAACACUUCUUAAUAAUCAUAAACUUCAACCUGAAGUAUGGACUGCAGAGAAAAUAGCAGUGGAAUACAGUCUGGAACUGAAGGAGGUCCACUCUCUCCUGGAAUUCUUCAUUCCUUUCGCUGUGCGGGAGUUUCCUAAAGACACCAAAAAAGCUAUAAAGCCAACAUAAAAAUAAUUACCAAAACCUUGGAUCUCACUUGUGUCUUAAUUUUACUCUUGAGUAUAUUUGAUGUCUGAAAAGAGCUGGUAAUGUGUGAUCCAUCAAGGCUGCAUCUUUGUUCCAGUAAAAUGUAUUCAAGCAAUUCCAUUCUGUAUUGGAUGGCUUCAGUUACAUACAGCAAUUACAGGACACAGUUUGUAAACCAGAAUAUAACUAGUAAGCCAUUAUGAGAGCAUGUUGCACCAUUCUUAUUAUCCCAUUCAUAUGAGUUCAGUGAAAACAUGCAAGUUCUAGCAAGAACUUUACCUUAACACAUUGCCUUUCUUAGCAGAGAUUUCCUGGCCUUCAGUGAACUUGGUGCUCUGUGUGUCUCUGUAUUUGUUUGCCAGUGUUCUUUCAUGGGCAUGCUGUAUGUCCAAACAGCUGUGUGUCUUUUGUGUAAGAAUAGAAUUAUAUUUAUACUUUAUAAAGAAGGCUAACCACAAGCUCACUGGAGAAAUUCAGCUGUGUCACACUUAAAAUAAAAAGGUGAAGAGCGAGAAGGCUGCAGCAGUAAUGGCUGAUGUGUAGCUCCUCUUCUCUGAUUUAGCUUAAAUAUUUACACCUCCUCAGGGACUGUAUGACAGCAAGUUUGUAAAGAGUGAUGAUCUUCCAGCAUAAGUAUCCUGCAGCAGUCUAUGGCACCUACUGUAUGAGAAAUGAUGAUUCAUAUUCUAAGUAACAGGUAGCUAUGAAAUGCAUGUGGAUCUACUAAUUGGGCCCAUUAGAUUUUUCUGCAAAUGUCUGCCUGUCUUACAAUAACCUUUGUUCCCCAUGGAGGCCUUGUCUGACUUACUCAAAUCUGGGCUGUAUCAGAUCCUGUUCACUCAUGUAAGUUACCCACAUGCUACCAGACUGAAGAUGAGGAGCAUCCUUUCCAAUUUUUAAUAAAGGAUGACACCAACUGUGAGGUGGUAACUGGAUUGUAACCUUGAUGCUGUGACUUAUCAGGUCUGUGUAGGUAAGGAAUAAGUUUUGCACUGGUUAUUAAUACUGUAGUGAAAACUGCUUCGUGUUUGCCAUUUAAGCCAGGGGGAAGAGAGGGUGGGGGACAAUCAGGAAUUAUACUUAAAUGUGCUUUAUGAUUUCCUGCAUUCAAAAGAAAAAAAUAUUGCAUGACGCUAAGGUUUCUGGUGCCCAUUACCAAAGAAGAUAAAUUUAUUAACAGGGUGGAAAUCAGUACCAGACCUAAAAUGUAGCUUCCAGUUUAAGAACUCUGCCAGUUUGUUUCAGAUUUCAGUCUCUAGUAAAUAUCUCACAAAAGGAUGAUCAGCUUUGCUAGCAAGAUUCUUCCCACUUACCUUUCUCCAACAGAACAAGGUAUUUACAGUGCAGAAUUCCACAGGUUUAUUCAGGAUCUAUCUUGAAUCAUUUCUGAAGCAUGCAACUCUGAAACUUGGUGAAAGAUGACACCUAAGUGCACUGUAUGAAAAUAUGACACUGUUAUUCUUAUGUGUGGUUUGGGACUAGGCCUGUCAUCAUUAUUCCUGUAGUAUAAUUGGGGCAGAGCUGCACUCUUAAACCAACACAUCUGAAUUAUGUAUCAGAAUAAGAUUUUUUUUUCCCUCAAAAUACUCUGUCUUACAGAAUGUUGUAGCAGAAAUACUUGUCUGUUUAUCCUAAUGUAAUUAAGGUCAUAUUCAGAAAAAAAAAACAACUCACAAAAUGCAUUUGGUACAGAUACUGUUGUUAUUACCUGAGGCACUGUGAUUUUAUUCUUUAAAAAUGAAUCUUUAUGUAUUGGAAUUGAUUAAAAACUCACUACAGUCA